AUGAUGGAACAUAUUCCAUCAAUAUCACUCUCUGGGAUAUCGUUAGCACAUCCACUCUCUAUCUCCACGGGACAAACACUCUCCAAUCAUUUUGGUAAUAGUUCAUCGGCAGUUAGUUCUUCAACCGGUAGUCAUAUUGAACAGUUAGCAGCAGCGGUACAUCAUCAGCAUCAUCAACAGCAACAGGCCCAACAGCAGCAGCAUCAGCAUCAUCAUAAUAGUCAUUUGAAUUCCGCCUCUAGUCUACAACAGAGCGGAGGUAAUCAUUUGACUUUAAAUUCUUUGUGUGGUUUACAAAGUGUUCAACAUUCGACGGCUCCUACAUUGGUCUCGCACAGUAACUCGGUUAGCAGUAGUUCUCAGCAUUUGCAACAGAAUUCUUCAGCUCAUAAUUAUAUAUUACAUCACGCUUCUCAUCCCUCCAGUCACUUGCAAACGGUUGCUACUUCGCACUCCAAUAGCUCGCCCUCACUGCACUCUCAUCCUCUAUCUUCCUCCUCCAGCCGUUCUUUGGCUUCUUUAAGGCAAACAGAUCACUUAAAUCACUCCUCGGCUAAUCACAGCCACUCCUCAACGGCGGCUGAUAACAGUUCCGUAGCAACGUCUUCAGCAAAUUCUUCAGCCAUGGCGGCGGCUGCAGCGGCUCACCUGCAUCACAGUGCCCAAUCAUCGCCCAUGACAAAUUUACAUCAAAAUAUGGGCAGUCUUAUGAAUAGUGGCGGUAGCGCUAGCGAUGUCUUUUUUAGCCUGAUGAUACAAAAUACAACGAAACGUCAAAACGAAGAACAUAUAAAACGUCCAAUGAAUGCUUUCAUGGUGUGGUCGCGGCUGCAGCGCAGAAAAAUUGCCCAAGACAAUCCAAAAAUGCACAAUUCGGAAAUAUCGAAGAGAUUGGGAGCCGAAUGGAAACUUUUAACCGAAGAAGAAAAACGUCCAUUUAUUGAUGAAGCCAAGAGGCUGAGAGCCAUGCAUAUGAAAGAACAUCCCGAUUAUAAAUAUCGACCGAGAAGAAAACCCAAGGCUUUGAGAAGAGAUGGUUAUCCCUAUCCAAUGCCAUAUCCAUCGGUACCAGUAGAGGCUUUAAGGGCAGGCAUAACGCCCAGUUAUUUUGCGCCGGGACCAGCAGCAGCCGCUUAUCAUUUAGGCAGUCAUCUAACGCAAACGAAUCCACCAACAUCACAGACUUCUAUAUCCGGACAAAUGGAAGUGCCCAAAUUUGCUUUAGAUCGCAACUCUUAUCUAAGCACAGCUGCCACCGCCGGAUCUCUUUACGAGUCCUCAAAAGCAGCCCAGGCUAGUGCAGCCUAUAGCGCCUAUUUGGAUCCCAGCGUCUUGACUAAGGCCUAUUUCGAUUCGAAAAUGUAUCAAGAUCGAGCCGCCAACUAUGCCUUUGAUAUAACGAAAAUCUAUGGUGCCCAGCAGCAUAACUCGGCCGCUGCUGCCGUGGCUCAUCAACAUCAUCAGCAACAACACCUGCUUAAUGGUCUGGGCAUAGCCAGUCCUCACAACAACAACAGCAACAAUGCCUCUUCGAAUAGCAACAAUAAUGUAGAUGAACGUGACAAUUCACCACAUUUGGAUACGGGCGGCAAUAGUAGUAGUGGUCCCAUUGGCGUAAUACCCGAUACAAAAUCUCAUUUACACUCACCCAACGACAGCCAAUUAGAAUACUCUCAAUAUGCUCAAUACAACCAAAGUGCAGCAGCAAGUUUUAAUAAUGGCGCAUUAACGGCUGCCGCUUCAACGAAUACCGCUGCGGUUAGUUCGGCCACUAGUGGUGACUUUCGUAGGCCCCUAACAGUUAUAUUUUGACCGCCAUCUGAUGAAUGCGAAGAGCUAAAUCUGUCCAUAACAAACUAGGCUAUAGACGCAUAUACACCCUCAGAAAAACAAAACUUAAAAAGGAUUUCUCUCCCCUUUCUUUUCCUUUUCUAUUUGUUUAAAAAUUUUACAACGAUCGGUGCAAUUUUAUUAAUACAUGGAAAAUCAAAAGUACUUAUAAAUACCAACAACAAACAUUAUAUAUAAUAAUAUAUAUAAAUACUUAAUUAAAUCAUAUAUAAUUAUAUAUAUAUACAUUCCAAACAACAACAACAAAAAUAUAUUAAAUAA